CCCCCCGCCCCUUCCCCUUUCCCUCAACCCCAUCUCCCCCAGCCCGGGACAUCGGUGGGACCCCCUCACCUUGCGCAGUGCCCCGCAGCCAGGACCCGCGGCCAUGUCCCUGCCGGGGAGCAGACGCUCGUCCACGGGAUCGCGAAGUCGCGGGCUUUAUGGACGGAGUGGCUUUGCCUCCUUCUUUAAGUCUUCAGCGCCCUCAGCCACUCGGCCUGAGACACAGCCUCUUCUCCCUGCCUCCAGGCGCCCCUCGCCCCCCGGGAGGGACACCUACGGCACCUCCUCGCUGAGCAGCAGCAGCAAUUCUGGCUCCUACAAGGGCAGCGACAGCAGCCCCACCCCAAGGCGCUCGUCCAAGUACAACCUCUGCAGUGACAACCAUGGGAUAAAGCCACCAACACCAGAGCAGUACCUGACACCUCUGCAGCAGAAGGAGGUCUGCAUCAGGCACCUGAAGGCUCGCCUGAAGGACACGCAGGAGCGGCUGCAGGACAGGGAUGCUGAGAUCGAGGACCUGAAGACGCAGCUGUCGCGGAUGCAGGAGGACUGGAUCGAGGAGGAGUGCCACCGCGUGGAGGCACAGCUGGCGCUGAAGGAAGCCCGCAAGGAGAUCAAGCAGCUGAAGCAGGUGAUCGACACGGUGAAGAACAACCUGCUGGAGAAGGACAAAGGGCUCCAGAAGUACUUUGUGGACAUCAACAUCCAGAACAAGAAGCUGGAGACGCUGCUGCACAGCAUGGAGGUGGCACAGAACGGGGCACUGAAAGAGGAGGGGGCCGGCGAGUCUGCCGGGGGCUCUCCUGCCCGGUCCCUCACCCGCAGCUCCACCUACACCAAGCUGAGCGACCAAGGGGCCGGGGACCGCAACGUGGGGGGCUCGCAGACCAUCUCGCUGGACGAGGGGGCCGACAGCGGCUUCGUGGGGGCAGAGGAGGCUCCGGGCCACACGGACCCGCUGGAAGUUGGGGGGGAGCCUGGCACCCGCCUCCCCCCUAGCUCCAGCACCUACGAGAAGCUGCUGGGGCUGCGGGGCAGCGCGGAGGCAGGGGUGCAGGCCAGCUGCAUGCAGGAGCGAGCCAUCCAGACGGACUUCCUGCCCUGCCAGCCCGACCUGGACACCAUCCUGGAGAAGGUGAUGAAGUCGCAGGCUUGCAGCCUGGGCAGCCCCACCUCGGCUUGGGUGUCCGAAAUGGAAGACGUGAUGCCCGGCCCCGAGCUCUCCAACCCCGCCGGCACCACGGACCUGCUGCCCGUCGAGGCGGCGGCGGCGAGCGCCGAGGGGGGCGGCAGCUGCAAGCCGGCGGUGCGGCAGCCGCCCAGCGCCAACCCCUCGGUGAGCAUCGCUUGCGUGGCGGAGGAGGAGACGGCAGAGGCCGCCGGCGGCUGCGACACCAACCCUGCCAAGAGCUACUGGAGCCGCCACUUCAUCGUGGAUCUGCUGGCGGUGGUGGUGCCAGCCGUGCCCACGGUGGCCUGGCUGUGCCGCUCGCAGCGCCGGCAGGGGCAGCCCAUCUACAACAUCAGCUCGCUGCUGCGGGGCUGCUGCACCGUCGCCCUCCACUCCAUCCGCAGGAUGGGCUGUCGCCCUGUUGCCAGCCCGGGGGGCACUGCCCAGCCCUGACACCCCCUCCGCUCCGCUUCCCCCGACACCCGCCCUGGGCACCCCCACCACGGACCCGACCGGCUGAUUGUAAAGCCCUGGCGUGGCCCUGCCCUCCUGGGGUCCUUCGGUGGCUUGUUGUGGGUGGGAAGGGGACUCGGGCCGGGGGUGGUGCUUUGCAGUGUGCUGUGUGUCCCCCCCGCUGCUCCUUCGUGCUGGAGCAGGGCAAGGACCAUUGCUGGAGGGGAGCUGCCAAGUGGCAGUGUGGAAGGUGGCACCACCAUGCACCAACCCCCUGCCCAAUGGACACGCUGGCUGCAGGGGGGCUGUGUGGCAGCACCCCCCCGGAAGGGCUCUCCACUGCACUCACUUUUUGGUUGUCCUGGCCCUACCUGGCGUCAGGAAGAGCCCCAGGGGACACCUCCCUCCCUGCCACCUGCCCCGGGAUGUGUUUCUUGCUCCAGCUGCGGGUGGCACCAGGAUGCCAACAAAGUCUGGCUGUGGGUGGGAGGAUGGAGGAACCCACCCGGACACUGGCACCAGCUCUGGACUGGUCUGGGAGGUUGUGGAAGAGCACAGGGCAUCUGCUGAGCCGUUUUGGUGGCCCUCCCUCUGGCUCUGCCGAGGUGGUGCCACGGCUGGCCCCUGCUCAGCUCCUCUUCGUGCCACCCCUCUCUGGGCCCGGGGUGGCAGUGGGUGCUGCAGGCGUGGCCUGGUCGCCCCCUCCCUCUGCUUUGCACUAGAUUCACUUUUAUUUUGGGGUACAGACUGGAGCCUGCUUGUUGGGGGGGGACGACAAGGUGGUAGAGGAGGAACCCCCAGCCCUGAUUCUGGACACCAUGGAGUGAGAGUGGGGUGGGGAUGAGUCAGAGUGGGGGGGAUGCUCUCCUGGUGAUUCUGGGGUGGCACCACACCAGGCUGGAGCUCAGUGCUGCUUGUGCCAGCUGGGUGCAGGCAGAGCUGCAGACCUUUAGCUGCUGCCCCCCACCCCCAGCCCAGUCCAGCCCAGUCCCCACUUUACUGGUGGCCUCCAGAACAACAAAAAUGCCUUUUGCCUCCCCCCCGCCCCCUCCCCACCUCUUGAAAAUAAUCAAAGACAGCAAAAGGAUUGCUCAGGGGGGGGCUGGAGUGGGGCACAAGUCCCCCCCCCACCCCCCCCACGAAUGUCUGUGGCUUCUUCGUGACUUGAACUUCAACAGUGUUUUGUAUCCCCCCCCCCACACGCACCCCCAACCCCUCUCCCACCACCCAUGGGUGCUGGGUGGGGGUAGGGUGGCAGCACCUUGGGGAUGCUGGGCUGAUGUUUUAAGGGGAGUGAGUGGGGGUUGGGGGGGAUGUGAGGCAGGGGGGGAGCUGGGCUACAUUACCCCAACCCCCCCCUCACCCCAAACCCCCCCCUCCCACCACCACCACCACCGUGUGCAAUGUGUUCGUGGAGCUGUGUAGACCUCUGUGAGCCCCUCCAAAGCUUUGGCCAAGAAAUAAAUGGAAGCAGAGAAGAGAAAAACAACAACAAAAGACAAAAGCCAGAGAAUAUAUUUUUAAAUACAGAACUGGACCAGCUGUAGCCUCCCUCCCCACCCCCCCACCCCCCCAAACCUCCCCUCCUGUACUCGUUGUCUGUGGUGGAUGUCUAAUAAACGUCGCUGGGUCUGUGUCUGC